GGUCCCGGAAGGGGCGGGGCCAAAAGCGGCGGCACUUCCGGGAGCGGCGCGGGGCGGAGGGGGAAGAUGAGCUGGAUCCCGUUCAAGAUCGGGCAGCCCAAGAAACAGAUUGUACCCAAGACAGUGGAGAGAGACUUUGAAAGGGAAUAUGGGAAGCUGCAGCAAUUGGAAGAUCAGACCAAAAAACUUCAGAAGGAUAUGAAGAAAAGCACAGAUGCAGAUUUGGCCAUGUCCAAGUCUGCUGUGAAGAUCUCCUCGGACCUGCUGUCCAACCCCCUGUGUGAGCAGGAGCCCUCGUUCCUCGAGAUGGUCACGGCCUUCGACACAGCCAUGAAGAGGAUGGACUCCUUCAACCAGGAGAAGGUGAAUCAGAUUCAAAAGACAGUCAUAGAGCCUUUGAAAAAGUUCAGCAGCGUCUUCCCGAGCCUGAACAUGGCCGUGAAGCGCCGGGAGCAGACGCUCCAGGACUACAAACGCCUGCAAUCCAAGGUGGAAAAAUACGAGGAAAAGGAAAGAACUGGCCCCGUCUUGGCCAAGCUGCACCAGGCCCGCGAGGAGCUGCGCCCGGUGAAGGAGGACUUUGAAGCCAAGAACAAGCAGCUCCUGGAGGAGAUGCCCAAAUUCUACAGCAGCCGCAUCGAUUACUUCAAACCCAGCUUCGAGUCACUGGUCCGGGCACAGGUUGUCUACUACACGGAGAUGCACAAGAUUUUUGGGGACCUGACGGCGCAGAUCGACCGGCCCGGGCUGAGCGAUGAGCAGCGGGAGAGGGAGAACGACGCCAAGCUCAGCGAGCUCCGGGCGCUCUCCAUCGUGGCUGACGACUGAGGCCAGGGAGGGGAUGGGGAGGGGAUGGGGAUCCCCCCCUUCACCCCAGCUCCCAUCCCAGGGAUGGAUUUGUAGGGCUGGAGCUGUUUCCAUCGCCCCACGGCUCUGCACUCCUGCCCGGGUCUGGAUUGUCUUUGUCGCUCUAUGAAUGAGUUUUGCCUUAAAUUUUGGGGUGUGGAGGAGCAGAAAAGGGAGCGAUCCCGCUCAGAUGAAGAUGGGGAGUGGGAUGUAGUGUGCUGGAUUUUCCCAGGUUCCCACCUCCCUUGGCAUCCCCAGAGCCCAGAGGGUGAGACCCCCACUCCUCCCCCUCAUUUUGUGCCUUAGGAGCCCAGAGGCCCCCUCAGGGGAGGGUAAAAUCACUCAAAUCCCAUUUUUGAUGCACAGGGACAAGGGUGAUGCUUCCCGUAGCGAGCAUCCAUCCCUCUUUUCCCAGGAUCGGUACAAAGAGCCUGUGCCCCAGAGCUUGGGGGUGCCCAGGGUGGGGGGACAGGAGACCCCAGACCACAGGGACAGGUGGGGACACCCCUAAGGGAGACAACCCAGCCAGGAGCAAACCUAUGGAAAACUGGGGGGCUGCAGCCCCUCCUUGCUGUUCGGGGAAGGGCCACAGGGACUCCGUGGCUUGUCCCCAAAUAAAGUUUUUGGCAGCGCAG